AUGCCAAGCAACUAUGCACCCCUUCCCAACAACGACCCCGUUCUUCUCCCCCGCGAAUCCGACGAGGAAAUCACAGCACAUAGCUGCCUGCUCCCUUCCCUUCAAACAAACGCGGAUUCUGGAUUGAAAGUCGCUGAAGACUCCUUGUACACUUACAGUUAUGGCCCUCCCGGGCUGUCUGGACUGUGGCACAACUACUACGCCUUCUUGUGUGCGGUCUUCGCGUCCAUAGGCGGGCUGAGCUUUGGGUAUGACCAGGGCGUGAUUGCCAAUGUACUUGUAAUGGAGGACUUUGUAGGCCGAUGGCCAAUAACACCGCUGCAGAAAGGCGCUCUCACUGCUGUUCUUGAACUGGGCGCCCUGAUUGGCGCUCUCACGUUCGGAGUUUUGGCCGAUAGAUACUCCCGCCGACAUUCCAUCUUCAUUGCCUGUGUCAUAUUCAACAUUGGCGCGCUCUUCCAAACAUUCGCGCGAACACUUGCAGACCUUUUCAUUGGUCGCGCUGUUGGCGGCAUUGGUGUCGGCGCUCUAAGCAUGCUUUCACCACUUUAUAUAUCGGAAAUCAGUACACCCGAAGUACGCGGCUCGCUCAUUGCGCUCGAACAAUUCUCGAUCGUCCUUGGAGUUGUUGUCGGGUUCUGGAUUGGGUUCUUCACGCGAAAUAUCCCAGGUUCGGCGUCAUGGAGGAUUCCGCUUGGUGUCCAAAUCGGCCCCGGAGUCCUUCUAGCUUUCGGGGCGUUGUUCCUUCUUCCCGCUUCGCCUAGAUUGCUUGUGCUGAAAGGCAAAUAUGACGAAGCAGAAGCCAGUUUGGUCAAGCUGCGUGGUCGCGAUGACGUGCUCACAAAGAUUGAGCUUCUCGAAAUGUGUGUCGAAGCAGCCUUGAUUUCCCAAUCCAACUCGGAUUCGCCCAAACCUGGUGCCCAGAACGAGUUUUCGGCGUGGCGGCAGUUGUUCUCCAAGAAAUACCGCCCGCGCACGCUGGUGGGGGUUCUUAUGAUGUUCUUCCAACGCAAGCUACAGUUUCUUUUGCAAUGGAGCGGAAUCAAUGCAUUACUCUAUUAUGGUCCCACUCUUGUGAAGAGUAUUGGUCUCAAAGGCGAAACUAUCUCGCUGAUUGUUUCUGGGGGAAUUGGAAUUGUCCAGUUCAUUGCUGUUGGACCCGCUGUCAUAUAUAUCGACCGAGUUGGACGCAAGCCUUUGUUAAGAGGUGGUAGCUCGUUUAUGGCGGCCUCUCAUCUUAUCAUUGCCGUCCUCGUCAGUAAUGCAGUUCCAAUCAGACUGGAGCUCGCAUGCAAUAGCCGCAUGGACCGCUGUUGCGUAUGGCUUUCUUUUGUUUCCGCCUCAGCCCCUCUGAAAACUUUCCCAGUGCAAUCUACAUAUACAUUUACGUUUGCAUAUGGCGUCUCGUUUGGACCCAUUGGAUGGGUCCUCCCGAGCGAGGUCUUCCCGCUGUCGAUGCGCGGCCGUGGAGUGGCUCUAUCAACUGCCUCCAACUGGAGCAACAACUUCUUCAUCGGGCUCGUAACACCAAUCAUGAUGGAAUACUCACCUGCCGGGACGUUCCUCACAUUCGCCACAGCGUGCUUCGUGGCCUAUCUGUGGGCCACCUAUACGGUGCCGGAAACAGCGGGCGUGACGCUCGAAGAUAUGGACCGCGUGUUUGGCGGGGACGCAGGAAGAGAGGACCGCGUCAGGCGGAGAGAGCUUGAGGAGGAGAUGGGGCUGCGUGCGAUGGUGAUGGAGCUUGCUGAAAAUAAUGGAUUAUGA